AUGCCGGAAGAUUACAUGUCCAUACUGAGAAGCCUUCCCUCGGAAGUUGAGAAGGUGAAGCAAACUGCGGUCGGGACAGCCAGAGUAGACUUGGAUGUGCAAACGGGGCCUCCUCGCCAUCUUGCCUCUGGAAUUCUGUACGGAAUACCAGAUAAGGAGAAUCAGAUUCCUGAUCACUUUUACAAAGAUAUCGGGUUCAAUUACGGCCGUGGAGGAGGAUCUCAGCUACCUGGUACAAAAGGUUAUGCUGUCAGCCUCAAGGAUUAUGAGGCACGUUUCGCUUCAGCGUUGAGCAAUUACAGAACCACUCGCAAACAUGGAGGCCAGUUUAUUUACCUCCUCCCAGCAGUUUGGGGUGCAGAUGGUGGACAGUCAGAAGACUUUACUUACCCAGGAGAUAACGACGACUGGACAUCAUGGAAUGCAUUUCUUGACAGGACGCUUGACGAUGUUAUCAAGUCUGAAAUGACCGAAGGACUUGUUAUGGAUAUUUGGAAUGAACCGGACUUGAGUUUCUUCUGGGGUCGUUCCAUGGAACAAUGGUUGGAGUUGUGGACUCGGUCGUUCCAAAAGAUCCGAAAAGCUCUACCCUCUGUAACAAUAACAGGUCCAUGCAUGUCUGCUAUACCUUCAACAUCCCACAAGUGGUGGACUAGCUUUCUCUCGCAUUGCAAAUCUGAUAGUCUUCCUGAUCAAUGGGCAUGGCACAUGGAGAACGACGAUGAAGCUUUCACCAUGGCAAACUCAAUGGCCUCAUUCCAUGCCCUGCUGAAAGAAUUUGAUAUCUCCACUGAGUCACUGGACGUGAACAUCAACGAGUACGCUGUUUAUGGAGAACAAGUUCCCUCUGGCGGUGCUUGGUGGAUCGCUGGUCUUGAACGGGAGAAUGCUCAGGGUCUGAGAGGAAAUUGGGCCAUUGCUGGAGCACUGCAUGACUUCCUUGCAGGGCUUCUAAGUAAACCAGACGCCGGUACCGAUAGCUAUGCGGUCGAGGGCGAAGGAUACUGGCCAUCUGCAGAGUAUCAAGUCUACAAGUACUACGCUUCAAGCAUGACGGGCCAACGUCUCCAGACCAAGCCAAGCGCAGAUACUCUCCUCGAUGUAUAUGCGACAGUCGAUGGCGAUGUUGUACGGAUACUGGCCGGUACUCGUUCAAGACCAGGUGAUUGGGCUAUCGAGAUCAACACAUCUCUUGGAGAUACAAGUGUCAAGGUCAGAACAUUAGCGUUCAAGACUAUAGGUAAGGAUAAGUUUAAGCAGGUUGAUGGGCCAGAGGAUCUGGGCGAGAGGGAAGAGGUGAUCAAGGAUGGGAAGUUGAGGCUCUCAAUGAAGCAUGAAGAUUCAUCAACAGCCUUUACGUUUGAGAUAACCCUUCCCAAGGCAGAGUAG